CUCCCCGUCUCGUCGCUCCCACUUUUGGAAGCAAAACUGCGGCUGCGUUGCCCGCUGGGAAGUGUAGUUGAGUGAUGAAGCCCUCCAGGCCUGGGCGCUGCAAUACGGCGCAUAAACUGGCGGCGUCUGACUACCUGCUACCCUAAGGAUCCCCUCGGAAGAGUAAUCUGGCUUGGGAGGGCUCUGGAGUAGCGCGUGGAGUUGGGGUCAGCUGCGAAUGCAGCUCGCCUUCUAGGCUUCACACGGUUGUCUGUGUUAGCAAGUGUCAUGCCGUGCUUUUGUCAACUUUCCGAUUAAAGGUUGACAUUCCUACGUAAGCAUUUCUCUGGUAAAAUGUCCUUGCCCCUUACAGAGGAGCAGAGGAAAAAGAUCGAAGAGAAUCGACAAAAGGCUCUGGCCCGUAGAGCUGAGAAGUUACUAACAGAACAGCAUCAGAGCGUUGGCUUGGGCCCCUGCAUUGCUGCCAAGCCUUCUCAGUCCAAGCAGGGCCCUUCUCAAAAUUUCCGAAGGGAGGCUUCUAUGCCAGUAAGCCAUGGUGUCAUUGUCAAGCAACAGAAUUCCAGUAGUUCCUCUCAUAGUGACCAAAGACCUUAUAACCCCCACAGUUUUCAUCUCAGCCUACCAGAGCAGGUAAAGGGGAUAUGGAAGAGACAAGUAGAAAUGUCCACAGCCUGCCCAAGCCACACCCCACCAAGUCAAAUGACUCUCACUAGAAUCUCUCCUCCCUUGGCCCAAAGUCCUCCAGAGGUCUCUAACCAGCAGCUCUUACGUUAUGAGUUAGGUCAAGGUCAUCCUCAGGCUUCACAUCAGAUCAAAUUGACACCUUUUGUUAACACAACUCAUGAAUCUUUGGCCAAUGCCAAGAAUUCCCAAGAGAUGCCAGCUUCUUCCUCUGGACAGCCUCCCAGGGAUGCUAAAUUAGAAGCCAAGACAGUGAAAGCUUCUACCUCAGGGCAAAACAUUUCUGAAGUCCAUUAUGGCUCAGGAAGUAUAACAUCUAGGACAGAAGGAAGACCCCAACAGAAAUUUGAAUCCUCACUCCAAAAAGCAGUAGUCUCCAGGAAAGGAACAUGCGUAAGGAAUGGAGACCGUUUCCAGGUGAACAUUGGGUAUGAUGCGGAACUCCUGGCAGUGUUUAAGAGUCUGCCCAGCAGAAGUUAUGAACCUGACACCAAGACAUGGAACUUCAGCAUGACUGACUACAGUGCCCUGAUAAAAGCAGCCCAGCGCAUCCGCACGGUCACCCUGGAGCCUUUGGAAGGAGCUGAUGGCAGCAGAGAGUUACCCUCCACCAGCAGCGGAGGACAGGGGAGCCUUCCUUCAGCUCCGUCUCUUGACUUUGUCAAGGGGCAAUGCACCCUCAUCUCACGGGCCCGGUUCGAGGCAGACAUUGGUUAUUCAAAGGACCUGAUUGCAGUAUUUAAACAGAUGGAUUCCAGAAAAUAUGAUGUCAAGACCAGGAAGUGGAGCUUUCUCUUAGAAGAACACAGUAAACUAAUUAAAAGUGUUCGCAGCCUUCCACAAGUUCAGCUGGAUCCUCUGCCCACGACUCUCACCCUGGCAUUUGCUUCUCAGAUGCAGAAGACGUCUCCUCAUCCCAUGGCAGAUGUCCCAGAGGCAGACCUUUCCCAGGUGGAUGACAAGCUCUUGUCUAAUCUGAUGCCCUUUCAGAGAACUGGAGUCAAUUUUGCCAUAGCAAAAGGAGGCCGCCUGCUGCUUGCUGAUGACAUGGGCCUGGGGAAGACCAUCCAAGCCAUCUGCAUAGCAGCCUUCUACCGGAGGGAGUGGCCACUCCUGGUGGUGGUGCCGUCCUCCGUGCGCUUCACCUGGGAGCAGGCCUUCCUUCGGUGGCUUCCAUCUCUGAGUCCAGGAGAUGUCAACGUUGUGGUGACCGGGAAGGACUGUCUGAAUUCAGGCUUGGUCAACAUUGUCAGUUUUGAUCUGCUUAGCAAGUUGGAAAAACAGCUAAAGCUAAAACCCUCUUUUAAAGUUGUCAUCAUUGAUGAAUCUCACUUUCUCAAAAAUAGUAAGACUGCCCGCUGCCGAGCAGCUCUGCCCCUGCUAAAGGUUGCCAAGAGGGUGAUCCUACUGUCAGGCACACCAGCCAUGUCUCGGCCCGCGGAGCUCUACACACAGAUCAUUGCAGUCAAGCCAACUUUCUUCCCUCAGUUUCAUACCUUUGGACUUCGCUAUUGUGCUGCCAAGAAGAUGCCUUGGGGAUGGGAUUACUCAGGUUCCUCCAACCUGGGGGAGCUGAAGUUGCUGCUGGAGGAAGCGGUCAUGCUGCGGCGCCUCAAGUCUGACGUCCUUUCCCAGCUGCCUGCCAAGCAACGUAAGAUGGUGGUGGUGGCCCCGGGACGGAUCAAUGCCAGGGCCAGAGCUGCCCUGGAUGCCGCAGCCAAGGAAAUGACCACCAAGGACAAAACCAAAAAGGAGCAAAAAGAAGCCCUCAUUCUCUUCUUCAACAGAACAGCUGAAGCUAAAAUCCCAUCUGUCAUUGAAUAUAUUUUGGACCUACUGGAAAGUGGAAGAGAAAAGUUUCUAGUAUUCGCACAUCAUAAGGUGGUCCUGGAUGCAAUUACUAAAGAGCUUGAGAGAAAGCACGUGCAGCACAUCCGCAUUGAUGGCUCCACACCCUCGGCAGACCGCGAGCACCUGUGCCAGCAGUUCCAGCUGUGGGAGAGGCACGCCGUGGCAGUACUGUCCAUCACGGCCGCCAACAUGGGCCUCACCUUCUCUUCGGCUGACCUGGUGGUGUUUGCUGAGCUAUUCUGGAACCCAGGGGUGCUGAUCCAGGCUGAGGACCGGGUGCACCGCAUUGGACAGACCAGCUCUGUGGGCAUUCACUACCUUGUGGCAAGAGGCACGGCUGACGACUAUCUAUGGCCCCUGAUCCAAGAGAAGAUUAAAGUUCUGGGGGAAGCUGGGCUAUCUGAGACCAAUUUCUCAGAAGUGACAGAAGCCACUGAUUACAAGGACCCAAAGCAGCAGACGAUCUAUGACUUAUUCCAGAAGUCCUUUGAGGAAUAUGGAAGUGAUACGGAGCUCCUGGAGGCAGCAGAGUCCUUUGACCCAGGAAGUAGUUCGCAGGGCACAGGAGAUACCUUGGAUGAAAGCACAUUGACAGCCAGUCCACCGAAGAAAAGAAGAUUUGAAUUUUUUGAUAACUGGGACAGCUUUACCUCUCCCUUGUAAAAGGGGCAGGGGGGAGAAUUAAAAAAAUCAUGGAAUUAAUUAAAAUAAAAUGAGGUA